GGACAACUCAUGCAGAUAUCUCGGGGUCUUCAUUUUUCUAUAUAUAGUUUCACUCAUAUAUUUCUAUAUCACUGUGUCAAACGAUACUACAAUUCCAUCCAACAAAAAUAUCGUUCAAAUCAUACAGAGGGACCAACAAUCCAGCAACCCGAAAUUGAAAGGAAACAUGAGUUUAGAACAAGAAAAAUACGAGAACAUUAAAAAGUCAACUCUUUUAUCUAUUUUAAAAAGUGGUCGAACAAUGCAAACUGAUUAUGUUAAUCAUUUACUCAGAAAUUCGGGCAACUUCAAUGCGACAGUUCAAGAUGAAGCGAAGAGUCAACAUUCAAAAUCUACACUUUCCUCCUUCUUUUUAACACAUACAGAAUCGACGAAGGCCAUUAGAUAUGAUCACAAUGUUGACUUUAAAAAUGAGAAAAUUAACAGUACAGAUAAUAAUUACAACGUAUUAAGAAAUGCGAGCAGACGUGGUGAAAGAUCAUUGCAAACGUUUGUUCAACCCUAUCAAACAAAAUCUGCAUGUGUUUUUCAUUUUGACAGGGACAGUUUUCUUCAAGCAAAAGAAAAACUGUCAGAACCGCAAUCUUUUUACUUGUUCUAUAUUAACGUAGAAGGAAACCCUUUCACAAACGUUUCAAACACAGAACGUGACGAUUUGUUACACUGGCAAUGUAUAGUGAAAGGUGAAAAAUAUAUUGUCCAACUGCCAGUCGACUUUGACCUGAUUACGUUUUAUUUACUGCUUGCAGACAAAGAAGAAACAGUUUUGGGUUUAACAUUACUUUAUAAUAAAUCUAAUUGCAUUGAAAAUUUCGACGAUGGAAAGCAACCCAUUCGAAUUUUGUUAUGGAAUGAACUUUUUGAAAAUAACACAGGUUUCUGUCUUUGUAAUAGAAACUACAAAGAAGAAAAAGGGCGGUUUUGGAUGUAUGCUAUUACAACUAUAUGGAUUGGGUUCGAUUUGACUUGUUCAGAAAUAAUUAGUGAAACCGGGAUUCUUGAAUAUCCAUUCACGAAAGAAGAUUUACCAUUAAUUUAUCCAAUUUUUUGUUACCUCCUGUCUUUGCAAUUCGUAUGGUUCCUUGUGUUUAUUGUGAAUUAUAUUUGCAUGUGUUUUGUCUUUUUGAUAUCAUACUUUAUAUGUUUUCGUUCUGUUAUUUCCCAUUUUACGGUCUUAUUUAGAUCGUUUACAUAUAUAUUCUUUGUGGCACUGCCAAUUAGAGUGGAUAUCAUGCAAUUCACGUUGGUAUUAGGCAGUAUAAUUGUAUAUAUCUCAAAUUACAUAUGCGAAAUCAUAAAUAUGAAUGAAGAGAUUCUAGAGCAUAUAUUUAAACUGAAAAGAGAAAAGAAAGAGAGAAAACAAUCUUCUGAUACAACCAUUCCUAAAGAAGCAUCACCAAAACAAAGCAGCAAGGGGUUUUUAGCCAAAAUAACAACACCCUUUUCCUCCAAAAACAAAGAUAAAAAGAAGUCCGGAAAUCCUGUUAUGUUUGAAUCUCAGAACAAAGGUAAUAAAAUACAUUCAGAUGAAUGUGCUUCUUCCUCUUCUUUUUCUACAAGCAUAGAAACUAAGCAAGGUGAAUUUGUAAAUGAAGAGGAAUUUGACGCCGUAUAUGAACAACUUUUAUUUGUUAACAAAUGGCUUUAUUUUCUGUGUGUAAAAUCAAUUGUUGUAAUCGUGUACUUCGUUAUAAUUGUUAAUAGUUUUCUUUUCGAUAGAAAAUCUAUGAACGCACCUGAUUGUCGUGAUAUAUUAAGCAUUAUAUUAGUAAUCAUUGGACCAUAUGCCAUUUCCUUUUUUUUGAAAGGAAACAAACACAACUUUUUAAACACUGAACACAAAUCUGAAAUAAGAACUGCAUAUGAUUUUUAUUUAUCAAAUUUGGGAAACACAAAAACAAAAAAAGAAUCUGAAUCAAGAAGAACCGAAUCUCUCAUGAACAUAAAAAAGUAA